UGAAGUUUUCGCAUAUAUUGUUGUUUAAAAGUUUUGGAGAUUGGGUUGAUUGGGUCAAGGCUUCGGUUAAACCGGUUAAACCCUAUAAUAUUAUGAUCAAGAAAACGAUGUCGUCAAGCAUUUAUUACUCGUUAGAAAGCGCAUUGACCACACUUGUUCAGGUUCAACAAGAUCCAGAGGUGCACAAACUCCUAGACAUUUGUAAGAAAGAUGGAGUUUUAAAGGAAUUUGAAGGACGGUACUUACCAGUUGAAACGAGUCACAAAUCUAAACCUGCAUCGGCUCCGUUUAUAGUGAUUGAGGGCCUGGAUGGAACCGGUAAAACCACAAUCUCCGCUAAAGUUCAACAGAGAUAUCGUAUGUGCGCUAUGCAAACACCACCAGCAAAAAUAGCACACUUUCGCGACUUUUUCGAUAAUCAAUCGGAGACAGUGAAACGGGCGUAUUACUCAUUGGGUAAUUACGUGGCUGCAAACAAUGUUUUAAAAUGCACAGAGCCAGUUAUUAUGGACAGAUUCUGGCACAGCACUGCAGCCUAUGCUAUAGGUAGAACAGCGGAUGAAGAAAUUUUAAAAAAUGUCAAUUUGGACUGGCCUCACGAUCUCCUAAAACCAAAUUUGGUAUUGUUCUUGUUGGCAAGCGAACAGGAACGCGUCCGGCGUCAUGCAACCAGACUUUUACAAACAAAUACUCCGGAGGAGCAGUCACUUGCUAAGGAUCAAGCCUUCCGUGAUAGAAUCGUAGACGUUUACAGACGAAUCAAAGGACCGCAAAUCUUUGAAGUGAAUGCUGAUGCAUCUAUGGAAGAGGUUGAAAAUCGACUAUUCGAAAAAAUUGAAACAACAUUUCCAGCAUUACGUCCAUAAUUCCUGGUUUAGUGAUUUUCUGGCUGUGAAACCGCAAUUUCUGGUUAGUGAGCUUAGACAUUAUUAUGUGAUUUGACUUAUGGUCAACUAUUGAAUUUGAUUUUAAAAAAAUUCUGAAGUAAAGAAACUAUU